CCGAAGAAGCAGAACCUAAACCCUUUCGCUCCCUCCUCGCUGCGUUCUCCAAUCUCUCUGGUCGCGUCGUCCUCGCCGCCUUCGAUUACCGCCGACGCAGACGACGGAAGGCGACCGAAAUCGGAUUCCGAAGGGUCUCCGUUCGAGCAGAUCGUCCGGUCAGAUUGAAGAGCUCGCGAUCGACGGUGGUCCGUGGCCGGCGCGUCGGCGACGGGGAGAUAUGGGGAGGGAGCAGGUCUCGUACACGGUGGAGCAGCUCGUCGCGCUCAACCCCUACAACCCGGACAUCCUUCCGGAUCUCGAGAACCACGUCAACGAGCAGGUUUCGUCGCAGACCUACAGCUUGGAUGCAAAUCUCUGCCUCCUUCGCCUUUAUCAGUUUGAACCUGACAAGAUGAGCUCCCAAAUCGUUGCUCGCAUCUUGAUAAAGGCUCUCAUGGCAAUGCCAGCUCCGGAUUUCAGCCUUUGUCUCUUCUUGAUUCCAGAGCGAGUGCAAAUGGAAGAUCCAUUCAAGACUUUGAUUGUCCUCUCGCAUUAUUUGGAGACAGGAAGAUUUCGUCAGUUCUGGGAGGAGGCGGCUAAGAGUCGUCAUCUGGUUGAAGUUGUGCCAGGUUUUGAACAAGCAAUCCAAGCAUAUGCUGUUCAUGUAUUGUCAUUGACAUACCAAAAGGUUCCCAGGGCCGUGCUUGCAGAGGCUAUCAAUAUAGAAGGUCUAUCGCUGGACAAGUUCCUUGAACACCAAGUUGCCAACUCUGGCUGGGCCUUGGAGAAGGGACAGGGCAAAGGUCAACUGAUCCUCAUAUCCCAGAACGAGUUCAAUCAUCCCGAACUGAAGAAAAACGCUGCAGAGAGCAUUCCAUUAGAGCACAUCACCCGCAUUUUCCCCAUCCUGGGUUGAUUCAUCCAACCUAAAGCAGGAAUUCUCGAAAUUUUUGUGUGCUUUGCAGCAUGUUUGACGUGAAUUGGUACACACAAGCUUCACGCAUACGUUACUGCACUGAAAUAUUAAAUUUUGGAGAUGUGCAAACUUUGCUAGGUUUCCUGGCCAUGCUUAGAAUUUCUAUUUAUUCUGUUUUUAACUUUUCAGAGAAGUAACGGCAGCAAGAUACAUUCUGGUGCGUUGAUGAGCACUUCCAAGUU